UUGAGAUAAGCAAUCGAAUAGUUAAUAAGAAGCUCAUAUGAGUAUUUUGUAUACAAGCUAAUUGCACGGCCAUGAGUAAUACGACAGUAGCAGGGGCUUUUUCUAAAUGAAGAAUUGAUAUGUGGUCGCUGGCGAAUAAAAAAAAACAGAAUACACUGGCGUGUAAAACAAUAAGACAAUCCGGGAGAGAGAUAUAAAAUUUAACUUCACGCAAACGUAUUUUUCCAUUACCAUUUUUUUUCUUACCUGAUCAAAUCAAUUGAGCAAUGCAUGCAAUUUAUACAGUGCCAUUUAGUUUCGAUUUUGAUUGCUUCGCGUUCAGAUUGUCUUGAAACGAGUAUUGCAAACAAUUUUUUUCAUAAUAAAAAUGACACGGUUAUUCUCGAAAAGUGCUCUUGUUAUAGCGGGAUUUUUAUAUUUUGGCGUCUAUCCGAGUUUUCAAGUGAAUGUUAGCCCAAAAGUAGAUUUUGUAGAAGAUAAUAAAAGCGAACAUGUCCCGCCAAAAAUACAAGGUGUUCGUGUUAUCGUUGACGCCACCAAAAUGAAUGGUGGUAAAAUGGAAGACAAAACUGAAACGAUUCGAAUUCAAACGGAUGGUGGUUCCAAACAAACGGUUGGUAUUCAUACAGAUAUCACUUUUGAGCUUGACGAUAAGAAAAACGAUACGAAAAAAACGGACGGAAAAAAUGCUGAAAGUGAUGAAGAUGAUGAUUCGGAGGUGCCAGUGUACCGAGGCACCCAUACCGAAGGCGAACGAAAUAACUUUAAUCGUCGAUAUGAUCCAAACUUUUACAUGAACCAACCAAAUUACCACGGUACAAACGAUGAAGACAGCUAUAAGUAUGCAGACACCGGUGCUGGAACGUGGGUUCGGUUUUUACCCAUGGCUAAUGGCGGUGGAUGGACAACUGAACGGUAUUCAGAGAGCUUUAUACCACAAAAUCGACGAUUUCAGUCUGGUGGUGGGUAUGCACCGUCGUCCUUUGUACCGUAUGGCAUUGGUCAGAAAUCAUUUCGACCAUGUAUAUGUGACGAUCGACAAUCACAGUAUUGGAGAGAAAAUAAUCGACGAUCGUAUGGUCCAAGCUCCUCAAGGCCACAGAGAACCGACGAUAAAUUGGAAUAUCCAUUCUCUGAAACCGAUUAGACUAUAGCCAACGUUGUUAUUUUCGAAAUAAAAACAUAUUCUGUUUUGUUAAUUUUUAUAAAUAAAAUUAUUCAUGACAUAAUUUAAGUUUUACAAUAAAGAAAAACAA